AUAACUUGGAGAAAAUUUUCUAUAAUUUUCCGGUCCAUGCGGAGCCUUGCUCAUCAUCUCUGAAAUUGUCCCUCUACUCUGCAACUCUGUUAAUUUCAACUCUCAAGUGCAACCAGGUGAAAAUUAGGGUUUCAUGUUCUAAACUUUAAUAUCUGCUGCAAAAUUAUCGAUGGAAGACGAACCUGCACUAUGGCAAUCGAAAUCCACUUCAGUAAAUUCAUCUAUGGUUGGUGGAGUAAUGAAUACUUUACUUAGCUCUCGACAGAAAAAACUUGAAGACGCCAUUGCUAGACUUGGCGAAGCUUCAAAAUCAAGUCAUUCUGUUACAGUGCAGGAUUCCCUGCGCUUUUUGAACAAGUAUGUCAGAAAUGCUACUGAUGAAGAACAGCCGUUGGACGAAGUUCUCAUUCCUAUGAUUGAAAAUCUGUUGAGAUGUGGGGACUCUAAGCAUCCCAAUCAAGCAAUGAUACUCUUGAACUGGCUCUUUCAAGAUGAAGCUCUGUUUCUGCCGCUUGCAAAAGAUCUUGUCAAUGUCAUAUUGAGAAGGGAAGAUAAAUAUAUUGCACUUGGCUGGUGCAGACUUGUACGCUCUCUUGUGAAGUAUGAGACGAAGAUGACUAGCUUUUCAAAAAUUGGUUUAAGGGACAACUAUCAAGCUUUAUUGAAGAUCCUCUCGUCAAGUAUUGGGCAUCUAUCAGUAAUCGUAAAAAACGGUAGUGUGUUGCAGGAUGGGUUUGAAUUGCCAACUCGGCUUUCAGCAGCUGCUGCAGAUUGUAUAUUAGUUCUCACUGAAGUAUUGACCCAGAAAAAAUUGGAUUCUGGCUAUUUAAAUGAAAAAGGCGUACAUAGGUCUAAUUCAUCAAAUAAGCCAAUCGGCUUACUUGAAGAGAAGCUGGUGGAGCAAAAGAAUGUGUCUUCAGGAGUCUGCAACAUCAUUGAUGGAAGAGUGUUGCUCUGGCAGAACUUGGAUCAACUCAUUGUUCUUAUUCAGAAACUUCAGUUUUGGAGCCAGAAGAGCUGGCCUUUACAUGCGAAAGGGUUAGGGAAAGUUCUUAAAUGGUUGCAACAAAUAAGGAGUAAUUGGACUGAAGUUGAAACAGGUUCUCAGUUCCAAACAACUGGAGUAUUGCUACUCUCCUCCUGCUGGAAACAUUACAGUAUGCUAACUGUUCUAGAAGAUGCUGAGUUUUACCAACGCCACGAUGAAUUGGUUGAUCAGUAUUUAUCUGGAAUCCAGUUUUACUCAGAGGACAAUGUGAAGGAUCUUGUGGAAAAUGGAGACAGCUGUGUGGAGACAAAGAAGUUUUUCUUAAAUUGUUUGGCACUACUAUUGGGUCGUUUGGAUAACAAAAGGCUGGAAAGUAUGCCAUCUUUCUAUGAGCAACAGAUAUCUCGUGCUCUUUUAUCACAGCUUCACUGUGCAGAUGAAGAUGUCAGAGAUGUGGCAGUCAGCAUCUUUAGGUUUGUUAUCUUUAAGAUAGCUGGAGGCAGUCUCAAUAAUUCAAUAGAUUGCAAGGAAUUAUUACUACCUCUGCUGGGCCUUUUGGAUGAGCGUGAUGGUGCUGCUAGAGCUGUUACUGUUCUUAUUGCUGACUAUUGCUCAAUAAGUGCAGAUGAUUGGUGUUUCGAUGAGGUUCUUAAGCGCUUAUCUUCUGGAAACAUAUCUCAGAGAAGAAAUGCUGUUGAUGUCAUCUCAGAACUCAUCCGCAUAUCGUUAAACUCAAAAAAAGUGACAUCCAAUUUUUGGCAAAAGAUAGCAAACCAACUGUUAAAUUGGCUUGGAGACGAAGAUAGUUCGAUAUGUUCCCAGGCGACGUGUUUGCUUCCACUUAUAGAUCCAUCUUUAGUUUUGCCUGCACUAGUUUGCUUUAUUUGUGCCAUUGAUGGGACUAUGAGGUCAGCCGCCAGCAAUGCAUUCAUUCAAGUUCUUAGACUUAACAACAACAAGUUUGAGGUUAUCAGGGUGGUGCUUGACUCUUUGAGUGACCUCUCCAAUACCUCUGAUCAUCAAGAAAGUUCUGGAAGCGUAAAUGAAGAUACAUCCAAAUUUGACUUCAAUGAAGUGUUCAAGCUAAUUCCAGAGUGGACAAAAUCUGUUCAAGACUGGAACUUGUUGGGACAGUUGCUUGUAGACAAGAUGCUAUCUGAUCCAACAAAUGCAAUUAUUAUUAGAUUUUUAAGUAGUGUAAAUGAGCAUCUCGCAGACGCUGCAGAUUUUGUCCUUCCAAAGCUUCUUGUUCAAGCACAGAAAGAAGAAGAGAUGAGUGCAUCAAUACAUGUUGCAGUGGAGAACAGGACCUGUAAGAGUGGGGAUACAGAUUGCUUGAAAAGAGUGCUGUUUGAUCGCCUUUGCCCAUUACUUAUAAUUAAGAUGCUUCCUCUGCGGGUUUUUGAUGAUUUCAACAGUAUGACUAUGUAUGGCCAGCUGUUAAAAAAACGUGUAGCAAGUGGUGCUUGUAACCUUGAUGAAUGUAAUUAUGAGUGCAUUGCUACUUUCCUCUUCAACAGGGCUUUUCGUCAGUUUGAAUAUGAAGAUGUGAGAAAACUUGCUGCUGAACUCUGUGGCCGCAUCCACCCCCAAAUUCUCUUCCCUGUCGCCCUUUCCCUAUUGCAACGCACUGCAGAAAGUAAGGAUGUCAUGAAGAUGAAAGCUUGUCUGUUUUCGUUGUGCACCUCAUUUGCGAUUAGAGGGUGGGAUUCGGCUUUUCAUCCUGACAUAACCAAGAUUAUAAGAGUAUUACAAGCUGUAUUAAUGUGGCCUUCUGUAGAUGGAGAUGAAGUUUCCAAGGCGCAACAUGGAUGCAUUGACUGUCUAGCCCUGAUGAUAUGUGCUGAAAUGCAAGCCCCAAGAACUGCAAAAGCCUCGGUGAUCCAAACUUAUGGAGGUCUUAUAUCAGGAAGCUCUGUUCUUUCAUUUGUCAUUGAUAACUUGACUAAUGAUGAAGGCGAAACUCGUCUCACCUCCAGAAUGGUCGAAGACACUGCACACAGGACUUGCAUCUCCAUCUCAUUUCGACUGUGCAUGGCUAAUGUCCUCAUCAGCACUUGCCAAAAAAUAUCAGAAUCUGCUAAAGAUACUUUUGCACAGAAGACUCUUCCACGUCUUAUUCGUUUAAGUCAGGACGUACAGGAUGCGGAGAUCAGAGCUGCUUGUGUCCAGGUCCUGUUCUCAGCUGCAUGUCAUCUAAAGUUGGCAAUUGUUCCUUAUGGUCUUAACCUUCUCAAAAUCUCCUUCAGUUCUCUCAAAAAAGAAUCUCAACAGGAAAGAAUGGCAGGAGCAAAGCUGAUGGGGUCGCUUAUGGCAAGUGACGACGCUGUGAUUGAAAGCUUUUCAGUGGGUUUACUGGAGGCAAGAUCCAUUUUGCUACAUAUAUCUACUUCUGAUCCUUCACCCCAACUGAGACAAGUAUGCCAGAAACUUCUUGCAUGCUUGACUUCUCAAUAGAAAGAGUGUGUUCUCUCGAGUUCUUUUACUGAAGUGGACUCUUAUUUAAGCAAUACCCGUGUAAAUAGUAACCUUUUGUGGUAAUAUAUGUGCAGAUUUCAGGCUA